AUGUCCUUCAUCAAAUUUUGCACUACUCUCUUGACUCUCCUUGUCAUUGAGGCUUUUAUGGUGACCAAAGUUCACCCAGCCGCGUCUCCGCAUAUGUCACCUCUCAACCCCGCCUUGGCACCACGAGCUCUUCCUCCUUGCCCGCAAAUAUGGCCCGAUAAGCCAUACCCCACUGCCCGGGAACGUCUUCACGACUUGACUUUGGACGUCAAAGCAAUCAAAGGCCCAGGAUGGCGUCCAUCGGUUUGCGACAAGCCGCUGUGGAACUGCGUAUUCGUUCAGCGCGGGGUUGAGCCGAGAAGGGGUGGAUUCAAUGAGUCGGCACGUUUUCCGAUUGAGAAUGGUAAUCACGUUGAGGUCUAUGAAUACUGGCAGUCUACCAUGCAGUGGUCAGCUCCAGGUGGAGGUGGAGCCGUGAACUCAUACAUGGCACAUGGUGUUGAUUAUGUCUGCGUGACAGGCACCAUGGCAGUAAAGUUUUUAGGCAACGCAUCAAUGCUGUUUGGCGACCCCAAAAACCCCAACCUCCAUGUCUGUGAAUGCCAUUAUCCACUCGAUGAUGAUAAAUUUAUAUUCAAUAGAAAGGUUUAG